GGAAAAAAAAACACAGUUAAAUUCAAGUAUUAUUUGAAACCGGAGCACAAUAUUUCCUUAUAUAAUCAUAUUUUUUGUCACGUGUCACGGUACAAAUUUAAAUCAUGGGAAAUUUUAAGUGGGAUAUGGAGCUUCUUAAGAAAGUGUUUGCCGAAUUUACUGGAACCGCGAUGAUUCUAGUACUUGGAUGCUGCAUUGACGGUACGCCGGAUCCGAUGAAAUCGCUCGUCUGGGGCCUUAUUUACUUGGCGGCCAUUCACAUAUUCGCCUUCAUGAGCGGCGCCCAUCUGAAUCCAGCUGUGAGUGCCGCGGCCACAAUUGUCGGUGUCAUGGAGUGGCAAUUGAUGCUCUGCUAUAUGCUUGCACAAUUACUGGGAGCUUUUAUCGGCGCCGGAAUGGCCUUUGGUGUACAGCCAAAUGGUACCAAACAGUUCUGUUGUACGGUACCCAUUUUGAAGGAUUACAAGUAUUUGGCAGUCGAGCUUGUUGCGAUGAUGCUCUUGAUGUUCGCCUAUUGCGCUGUCUGGGAUAAGCGCAGUGAUAACGCAUACGACACGAUGUCUCUCCGCAUUGGAUUCACAAUCGCUGCCUUGUCCUUUGCAACGAUCAAUUUGGGCGGAUGCAGUCUGAACUUCUUUCGCAGCCUUGCUCCAGCGUGCAUAAGUCAACAGUUCAAUGGCUUGUGGGUUUAUUUCGUUGCUCAUUUGGUAGCCGCCACAUUGGUGCCCGUGGUUUGGCGUUUCCUCAUCGCAGAGGAGAAACCUGAGCCCGUUGAUGGCUAAUCUGAAUGAGCAGCAAUCAUCACAAAAAGGAUGGAAAGCCCUCAGUCAGGUGUAAAUAUCUAUAUAUACGUAUAUAUAUACGUAGUUUGGCGUAAACGUGACAUCCGUAUGAAUACAACUAUUUUGUAUAUUUAUGUCGUAUGUAUUUUAUACUGUACUCGACGUAUACAAACUUAUAGAAAAUUUAACAUAUAAGAAAGUUGUCACAAAUAAUAAAAUAUUCACGCUACCAAA